CAGAAAACACAAGCCGGGCUGGCUUGAGCUGCUGCUUUAAUGGCUGGGAGCAAAUCUCAGCUACCGAACAGGGUGGCGGCUCCUUCCCCGGAUUAAGGCUGAUUCCGUGGGAACUGGACCACCCCUGAGACAGAAGGGCAACCCCGAUGCCUCCCCAGGGCCUGGGUCUACACCAGAGCCCCUUCCUCCUGGGGAGGGGGCGCCCUAGGCUCACGUCUCCCCCGCUCCUCCUGCCUCCCUCGCUGCAGGUGAACUUCCGCGGCCCCCGGAGCGGCCAGAGGUGCUGGGCCACACGGACCCAGGUGGAGAAGCGGCUGAUAGUUCUGGUGGCACUUCUGGCAGCAGGACUAGUGGCCUGCCUGACAGCACUGGGCAUCCAGUACCGGACAAGGACACCCCCAGUGUGCCUGAGUGAGGCCUGCGUGUCAGUGACCAGCUCCAUCUUGAGCUCCAUGGACCCCACGGUUGACCCGUGCCAGGACUUCUUUAGCUACGCCUGCGGGGGUUGGAUCAAGGCCAACCCUGUGCCUGAUGGCCACUCACGCUGGGGGACCUUCAGCAACCUCUGGGAACACAACCAAGCCAUCAUCAAGCACCUGCUCGAAAAUUCCACCGCCAGCGUGAGUGAGGCAGAGAGAAAGGCCCAAGUGUACUACCGAGCAUGUAUGAAUGAAACCAGGAUCGAGGAGCUCAGGGCCAAGCCCCUGAUGGAGCUGAUUGAGAAGCUCGGAGGCUGGAACAUCACAGGUCCCUGGGCCAAGGACAACUUCCAGGACACCCUGCAGGUGGUCACUGCCCACUAUCGCACCUCACCCUUCUUCUCCGUCUAUGUCAGCGCUGACUCCAAGAACUCCAACAGCAACGUGAUCCAGGUGGACCAGUCUGGCCUGGGCUUGCCCUCCAGAGACUAUUACCUGAACAAAACCGAAAACGAGAAGGUGCUGACCGGAUACCUGAACUACAUGGUGCAGCUGGGGAAGCUGCUGGGCGGGGGGGAUGAGGACGCCAUCCGGCCCCAGAUGCAGCAGAUCCUGGACUUUGAGACGGCGCUGGCCAACAUCACCAUCCCGCAGGAGAAGCGCCGGGACGAGGAGCUCAUCUACCACAAAGUAACGGCUGCUGAGCUGCAGACCUUGGCGCCCGCAAUCAACUGGCUGCCCUUUCUCAAUACCAUCUUCUACCCCGUGGAGAUCAAUGAGUCUGAGCCCAUCGUGGUCUACGACAAAGAGUACCUGGAACAGGUCUCCGUCCUCAUCAACAACACCGACAAGUGCCUGCUGAACAACUACAUGAUCUGGAACCUGGUGCGGAAAACAAGCUCCUUCCUUGAUCAGCGCUUUCAAGAUGCCGACGAGAAGUUCAUGGAGGUCAUGUACGGGACCAAGAAGACCUGCCUUCCCCGCUGGAAGUUUUGCGUGAGUGACACGGAGAACAACUUGGGCUUUGCCCUGGGCCCCAUGUUUGUCAAGGCGACAUUUGCAGAGGACAGCAAGAACAUAGCCAGUGAGAUAAUCCUAGAGAUCAAGAAGGCGUUUGAAGAGAGCCUCAGCUCCCUGAAGUGGAUGGAUGAGGACACCCGGAAAUCGGCCAAGGAGAAGGCAGAUGCCAUCUACAACAUGAUAGGCUACCCCAGCUUCAUCAUGGACCCCAAGGAGCUGGACAAAGUAUUCAAUGAUUAUACCGCAGUUCCAGACCUCUACUUUGAGAACGCCAUGCGGUUUUUCAACUUCUCGUGGAGGGUCACCGCCGACCAGCUCAGGAAAGCCCCCAACAGAGAUCAAUGGAGUAUGACACCCCCCAUGGUGAACGCUUACUACUCCCCUACCAAGAAUGAGAUCGUGUUUCCGGCCGGGAUCCUGCAGGCGCCGUUCUACACCCGCUCCUCGCCCAAGGCCUUGAACUUUGGUGGCAUUGGUGUUGUCGUGGGCCACGAGCUGACACACGCUUUUGAUGACCAAGGACGGGAGUAUGACAAGGACGGCAACCUCCGGCCCUGGUGGAAGAACUCCUCAGUGGAGGCCUUCAAGCAGCAGACCGAGUGCAUGGUGGAGCAGUACAGCAACUACAGCGUGAACGGGGAGCCGGUGAACGGCCGCCACACGCUCGGCGAGAACAUUGCCGACAAUGGCGGCCUCAAGGCAGCCUAUCGGGCGUACCAGAACUGGGUAAAGAAGAACGGGGCAGAGCAGACGCUGCCCACGCUGGGCCUCACCAACAAUCAGCUGUUCUUCCUGGGCUUUGCACAGGUCUGGUGCUCGGUCCGCACGCCAGAGAGCUCCCACGAGGGCCUCAUCACCGACCCUCACAGCCCCUCCCGCUUCCGGGUCAUCGGCUCUCUCUCCAAUUCCAAGGAGUUCUCAGAACACUUCCACUGCCCACCUGGCUCACCCAUGAACCCGCAUCACAAGUGUGAGGUCUGGUAAGGGGCAAAGCUCAGGGAGCCAAGGCGGAGGAGGGGAAGGGGCCAAGGACAAGUCCUGGGGACAGGGCUGCCAGUCUGCCCCUCCUGCUGGCCUCCAGGGCACUGCCCAGCCCCCUUUCCUACAUGGAGGGAUUGUAGCUGUCACCUUGCUGCCCGUGAUGGACACUCUCAGCAUUACCUAAGAUUGAUCCCCGCAAAGACCUAUCAUCCUGGGCGUUUGUGCGCCAAUUUAGCGACUUCAGGUGUCAGGCUGGUGUCUGCCAGGCCUGCGCCCCACAUCGAUAAGGGCGGUGGGACACAGCCCCUCGCCCACAUCCAGCGCCAGACAUACCACAAAUACCACUGUGUCGUAUGCUUUAAAGAUAUAUUUUUAGGGAAACUAUUUUUAAACAUUAUGGAAUACACUGGAAAUCUUCAGGGAAAAUGCAUUUAAAACACUUUUUUUUAAGGAAAGGAUCGGUAUAUUUAUUAUGUUCUGUUUUUUUUAAAUAACCUGUGGACAAAGCAUGUCCCCCACUGAUGUACCCCUCACUUUGAGGCUGGGCAGAGGAAGGGACCCGCCAGGCCGCUGAGCAGGUACCCAGAUAGAGCCGCCUCAGCCCUUGGAUAUGGAAUGCAGCUUCUGCCCUCAGCUGCACAGACAGGAGACUGGGGGCCAGGCAGGGGGGGAGCCAGCUGGGACCCUGCUUCGGACACAGCCUGCGGGAACCCCAGCAAGGAAGGUCUGAUCCCCACUGCUACAGUGGGGGAUUAGUGGCUGCGGCAGAAUGAGGCCAGGUCAGAGCCCUGUAACACAGACUGAGAGCGUCUGAGGACCCCGGCGGGCUGAUCCUCCCCAUCAGAUGCACUGCCGUCCAUAGAUGUCCACUUCCUGUCCUCCUGUUGGUCUCCCCAUUUCUGUCCCAGGGACCUGUUGCCUCUCUGUAGCAAUCCUCCCAUCCCAGCCACUGCGGGGUCUGCCUUGCUCAUCCUCUUUCCAGGGGAAAGAGAAAAGGGGCAUCAGCUCUUGUCUCCUGCAAGGUCUAGACCCUCCCUCUGAGCUGCACCCCUACCCCCACCCAGCCUGGCCUGGCUCCGGGUCUGGGUCUGGGUCACUAGUGCCUUAUUAUUGAGCCUGCAGCCCCAGGUGCCACCAAGGAGAUAGCCCUGUCCCGGAGCCCUUAGCCUCCUCAGUGGAGCCCCCAAGUGUCCUGACUGGAACCCCCCUUCCUGGUGCCCACUGGGCCACCCCUCCCCACCCCCAGGGCAGUAGCUCUGGAGGUCAACAGUCAGCCACCCUGAACUCACCGUGAGCUCCAGCCAUGGAAGCCCCCCGGGUUAGA